AUGGACGAGAAGCAGCCGAACGCACCCCACGCCUCCCUCACUUGCACGGGCCGAGUUCCAAAGGCCAACGCAAGGCGCGAGGAGCCCAGAACAAAAGGCCGCAGGCCGCCAGCUUCAGCGCGGGCUGAACCGAGCGGAAACGGCGCGGGCGCGGCUCGGCCGGGGCCCAGCGGGAGACUCCGAUCGGACAGCGGCGGAGGAGGAGCGGCGGAGGAGAAGCGGGCCGGGCCGCAACUGUACAGUUUGGUGGAGGACCCUUUCCUGCAUCCCGAGCUCAAAGGCACUGCUUGCACAUCUCUUCCAGGACAGCACCUCAUCACUGCCAUGGCGGAGCGGAUGUUUGGAUUCAAGACAACUUCAUGGGAGCUGGGCCGGCAGCAGAGUGUCAUCGAGCUGGACACCCCCUCCAUGACCGCAGAGCAAAUGGAAGCGCUGGAGCAGAGCGUGAAUGAGAAGAUCCGGGAGAGGAUACCUGUGACAGUGCGAGAGCUGGCUGCAGAUGACUCUGAGGUUGAAACAGUGAGAAGCCGUGGCUUACCAGGUGACCACACGGGGCCAGUUCGAGUUGUAGACAUUGAAGGCAUAGACUCCAACAUGUGCUGUGGGACUCAUGUCUCCAACCUUAGUGACUUGCAGGUAGUAAAACUUCUUUGCACAGAGAAAGGGAAAAAGAACAAAACCAACUUGGUUUUCCUGGCGGGAAAUAGAGUGUUGAAGUCAGUUGAACAAAGUCACCGUACUGAGAAGGCCCUGACCUCACUGCUGAAAAAUGGACCAGGUGAGCAUGUAGAGGCCGUGAAGAGAUUGCAGAGUUCUGUGAAACUGCUUCAGAAGAAUAAUUUGAACCUGCUAAGAGACGUUGCUGUUUUGAUAGCCCGGGAUUUCAAAAGCAGACCUGUUCAAAGUCCGCUGUUUGUCUUACACAGGAAAGAGGGUGACUCUGAGUUUAUGAACAUCAUUGCUAAUGAGAUUGGAAGUGAGGAAACCCUGCUGUUCCUGACUGUGGGAGAUGAAAAAGAAGCAGGACUCUUUCUUCUAGCUGGAUCUGUUGAAGCAGUUGAGAAUUUAGGUCCCAGGGUGGCAGAACUGCUGGAAGGCAAAGGAGCUGGGAAGCGAGGCCGCUACCAGGGCAAGGCAACCAAGAUGAGUCGUCGAGGAGAAGUGCAAGCUCUGCUCCAGGAAUUCAUCAGCCAACAGAGAGAUGAAGCAUAAAGAAAGAAUUCUAAAAGUAGGGCUGUCAUCCCUGCUUUGCAUGAUUUCCACUAAGUUCUCUCCCAGAAAAUAAAGACAAAAAAAGUCCCACGUAAAAUCCCAUGGAGUUAGGAAGGACUACUGCUCCAUGUCUCUCCAGCUUGCCAUUUCUGCCAGCAGUUCCCAAGGCUGCUACAGCUGCAGCUGCAGAAACAAAAGGGGCACUGAAUAGCCAUGGUCAAAAAGCACCUGAUAUGGGUCUAGGUAUUGUUGUUUUUUUCCCUGCUAGAACCAGCAUGGCACGUUUAGUCCAGAUGUUCAUAAUAAAGAGAGAAAUAAAGACAGACAAAUCUCCAUCUUAAA